GGCUAGUUUUCCAUUCCAUCCAUUCAUAGCGCAACCGCUCAUAACGUGCACUGACGCAUAGGCGAGAUAGGGAUCAGCGAGGGAGAGACAGAGAGAGGGUUGGAUUAGGGCACUGACAGCCACUUCAGUCAAACAGUUGAGAGACACACGGUCACAACCAGCUGAGGGGGCAAAACUAGCGGGACCGGAAAGUCUAAAUCCAAUCCAGAUCACCUCUUAGCCGGUUAGGGAGAGAGGACCACCGACCACCUCGAGACCCGCACUGAUUGAAAAGAGGGCAGAGUUGGAGAGUAAAACAAUCAGUUUAGAAAAAGAUGGAGAGCAAAAUCCCUGACUUCGCUGGUACCUGGAAGAUGAAGAACUCGGAGAACUUCGAGGAGCUUCUCAAAGCGCUGGGUGUGAACGUGAUGCUGCGUAAGAUAGCGGUGGCAGCAGCCUCCAAGCCGUCGGUGGAGAUCACCCAGGAGGGAGAAACUCUGUCCAUACGAACCUUCACCUCCGUCAGAACCACCCACGUCACCUUCACCGUGGGAGAGUCCUUCAACGAGGCCACGGUCGACGGACGCCCCUGCACGAGUCUUCCAAAGUGGGAGACAGACAGUAAGAUCAGCUGUGAGCAGACUCUGCAGAAAGGGGAGGGACCUAAGACCGCCUGGACCCGAGAAAUAACCAAUGACGGCGAGCUCAUCCUGACCAUGAGUGCAGACGAUGUGGUGUGCACCAGAGUCUACGUACGAGAGUGAAAGAGAAGACAACUCUUCAUCCUUCCAUCUAUCUCACCACUCACUCACUCACUCACUCACUCACUCCACAAACCCCCAGCCAGAAUGGGCAGGGUGAAAUCAGCUUGUAGAAUCUAGUUUAACUCCAGUAUAUCUGUCACAAAGCCAUGGGAUUGAACCCAGUCUAGUUGACCUAUAUCUAUUAAAGUCAGUCUUGCCAAUGCUCUGUCCACUUACUCAGUGAGGUCGUAAACCUGAAAUUGUGUCUUUUUCUGAGUCUUUGUACGUGCAAGGUUGUUGAUCCAUGUGUGUGUGUAUGUGUGUGUCUGUGUGUGUACGUGCUAGUCAGUGGAGUUGGUCUAAGUGUGUGUAUCAGUGUCUGACUAUAUUUGUAGUUGUGUAAACCUGUCUAUGAGCUCUUCCAGUUAUAAGGUCAGUUACUUUGUUUCUCUUUCUCCUUCUCUCUUCCCUCUUAUCUCUAAGUCGAUAAAGUUGUAUAUUUAUUACACUACUAGAUCUGAUACCGUGUUGCUAUGGUUUUUACUUUGUCUCUUUUAUAUAAAAUCUGAUCAUAGGAAAUUAUACUUUCUAUGGGAAGACAAUAAAACACCAUGUUGACUACA